GGAAUUUCAUUAGGAAACAUUCCAAUGCGUUAUUACAGCAACAGUAAGGCAUGGAUGACGAUUUCUAUUUUUCAAAGGUUUUUGAAAGAUUUUGAUACACGUAUGUCUGGGCGACGAGUCUUAUUGAUAUUAGAUAAUGCGACUGUUCACAAGGUCGGAGAAAUUGAGCUGAAAAAUACUACCAUUCACUUCCUUCCUCCAAAUACAACACCGAUUCUUCAGCCACUUGAUGCAGGCAUAAUAUUAUCUUUUAAAAGACGAUAUCGCCGUCGACACAUUGAAUGGUUACUGAGGCAAAUCGAGGAUGGCACUGCCAUUGAACAGACCAAAUUAAACAUCCUUGAGGCGAUUCGUUGGAUUAUUGACGCAUGGGGCGAAGUACCAGUUAGCGUUAUAAAGAACUGUUGGUUUCACACAGGCCUAAUUCAGAGACCAUUAUCUAUUGAAAUAAAUUCGAUUGAAGAAAUUACAAGACAUGAAGUGGACCUGUUGAAUUCAGGCAUUAAGGCUCUCAAUCUUCCCGAUUCGAUGGAGACAGAUGGAUAUAUAAAUAAUCCAGAAGAACUUGAAACUCACGAUGCUCCAACACUUGACGAUAUUGUCGAAGCGUUCAGAGAAGAAAUGGAUGAAGAAGAUGACGAAGACACUGAACUACGUGAGAUCAGUUGUGCUGAAGCCCGUUCGGCCUUGGAAGUUAUGCGUAUGUUUGUACUACAGUCAGAAGAUGCAGCAGAAGAGUUCAGAUGCAUUCGAAAAUUGGAAAUUUUGCUAUCGCAAAGAGCAUUACAAAAUCUUCAGCAACAAUCCCUCCUUGAUUAUUUCAAUCCUGUUAAUCAAGAAUAA